AUGUCACAAAAACAUACAUUAAUAAAUAAACGUGAACGUGAAAGAAUAUUAGAAACAGAAAUAAGUGAAAAUGAUUUAAUUGCUGGAAUACAUGAAACAACACGUGGAUUAGAAUGCAUCAUAAUAGCUACAGAAGGUCUUUGGCAAGUUCUUCAAUAUGAUAUCGUUGCUGAUGUUGUUACACAAUGUUUACUAACACAUCAUAUGCCAGCAUCCAGUCGUAUGGAAACAGCAAUUCGAUCUGUUGUACUUGAAAGAUAUGGAACAGUAACACAUACCCCUUAUUUAACAAAUGAUGAUGAUACUAUAGCUGAUUUGCAAUGUUCUGAAGAUGAUAUUCAUCAAGAAAUAUGGAAUUCUUUAUCAGUUCAACAUCGUCUUCGUCUUGAAUUAGCAUAA